GACACACCCUCCAGCCUCCUCCCUCAGUCUCCUGAUCCACAUCCAGAUCCAAUCUCUCCGUAGCCUCCCUCUCCCGUAGCUUCGCCCCACCAUGCCGCGGAGGCGGGGCUCCCGCGAAUCCGGUCCACCGCGAGGCGAUGUCGUCGGCGAGGCUAACCCAGAACGGCUUGGGGGCGGCGCUGGCGGGGGACACGAACCUCACGCCUGCUCGUCAACCCGCGCUGCGUCAACGUCGACGGCAGGGGCACGCCCCGGAGCGACAGGUGGCGCGCCCUCGUCUCCGAGGGCGCCGAGACCUGCCCCGUGAUGUUUGCUGCCCAGCUCAGCGACCAGGCGCGCUCGGGGCUCGUCCGCCGCGGCUCCCUCGUGCAGCUCGACGAGUACGUCAUCAACAUGGUCGGCAGCUGAAGGCGGAAAGGGGGAGGGCGAGGGGGCCGCACCCGCACUCCUCCGGCGCAUGCACCUUCUCCGGCCCCUAUCGAGCACCACCCGCCACACGCGCAGCUCGACCUCGAUCACGCACCACGGUGGCCAGCCAUAGCGUUCCUGUUCGGCGCCUUGCUGGGGCUGGUGCUCGGCAUCGGCAUCGUCGUGGCAUUCGCGCGCCUCGAGAAUUCCCACGCCGAGAAGCACAGCGAGCUGGGUUCCACCAAUGCAGGUGGGGAUACCAUAACCUUUCAGUGGUCGAGGAUGUCGUGGAGAACUACUGGAGCGCACAGAUACCCCUCGACAUGAUCUGGAACGACGACGACCAUAUGGAUGCAAGGAAGGACUUGACGCUCAGCCCCGUGAACUACUCGCGCCCCAAGCUGCUGGCGUUCCUCGACAUGCUACUGUUCCAUUGGUUGGUGUCCACAAGAGUGUUAUCCUGGACUUGUGCAUCCUCCUUCCCUAGAAGCAGCAUGGAACCACCAUGGUCAGGCUGCUCUUAUUUCAUGAUGUGCCUUUGGUGACACAGCGUGGAGCCAACGUUGUUCGGCAGGAGUUUGGUCAGAAGUAGUUCUUCCACUCCGGCAUAAGUGUACUGCUUGUGAUGCUGUCGUCAAAGCUCUUGCUAGAGAUGGAAGUCGAGGAAACUACAAAGAGGGAACAGUUGUUAUCUGGAAUAAUGAAUCUACCUGUACCUUUAUGUUUGUUUUUGAAAGUGGAAUGAAUUCCAUUGUAGUGACAGCAGCAGAUGUUUUUGCUAUAGUGACAGUAGUCCAUUUUAGUGACGGUAGCAGAUGUACCGAAGAUGGAAGUUGAGAGUGAAAUGAAGUCCAUUGUAGUGUCAAUAGCAGAUGUGCCAUUGUUCUAUUUCUCAAGUGGAAUUCUGUUUGUUUUUGCUAUAUUUCUGUGUAAGGAAAUGUAUUUAGGUGAUGUCUUGUUGUGUUAUGUAAACUUGGGAGGUGUAUUAUGUGAUGUUAUAUCAUGGAUGAUUUUAAUUCGA